ACCACGUAUAUAUGUGGAAGGAGCUGCUGCGUAUGAGAAACUAAGAGUUGCACAUCGGUACGCAGAAGAAAGAAACAAAACAAGCUACAAGCAAUGAACAGGGUAAAGCUGUACCCAAAAGUGAAAGGUGAACCAAAUGAAGUAAAAAUAUCACCACGAGACCUAAAUAUAGUAUGGGGCUCUGAUGAGAAUCAGUGGGAGAUUAAUCACGGAGAAGGAUAUGCAUUAGCAAAGGAAGUGAUGUGGUUUGAAGUAAAAGCGACAUACAGAGGAGCAAAAGCAGGGAGAAAAUAUAAGGUUGGGUUCAAUAUCAGCUUAGAUCAUGAUGCGCAUGGAUGGGAGGGCAGUCCAGUGUUCAUGAUGGCUACGGUUGGAUUCUCAAGUGACUACAAUUGGAAGAAGCUGUAUAUCAAAAAAGACCUUCAAAAGACAGACUUUCCCAACGAUUACGAGAUCGAAAUUCCAGUCUCAGCCAGAGACACCACCCUGCAGUUUGGUCUUUAUGAAAUCUGGAAUGGCAAAUGGAAGAAAGGCUUGCGCAUUCAUCAUGCUUUUGUUAACCAACUUUGAUCCACCUCCCUCCCAUCACAUCUUUCUCUUUGUGUGGGCCAUCUUUUCUUUUUCUCCACUCUCUCACCACUACACUUAUGUAUUACAAUCUCAAUAAUCCACACAAUCUCAUUUAAACUCCAGCAUUGGUUAUGUUCUUCUA